AUCACAACUUUUAAAAGAUAUUACACAACUGGGGGCGAAUGAUUCGGUGUGUAUUUUUUUUCUUAAAAGGCAAAGCAUCAUUAAUAUGUGAAGCGGAAUUUUAAACACGAAAUGUCACUUGAUGCAAUAUUAAACAGAACCGACUGUCAUUCUUAGAGACCUAAUUAGAGUUGUUAAAGGAUUCGAAGGGUUAAAGGAUUCGAAGGGGGCAAAAGUGCGUUUACUUUGUGCUUUAUGACAAAUCCAUUCAUUUCCCUGGAUAAAACUCCUGUUAGCUAAGUAGCAUAACACACGCUAAGAGUGCGGGACUUGAACACAAACGCUUCUGUAUUUUUUUAACGGUUGAACAUCUAAAGGUUGUCACCAGCCAGUAACACUGAAGUUCAUGGUCUCAACAUCGCAGAGAAGCUUCGAGCCGAAGAGUCCCAAGUCAGUGAAAAUGGGGAACCAGACACACACAGAACAAGAGCAGCCGCCGUAGUUCUUAAGGGAGUAACGCUCAUGUGAAACAAAACAAAAAUCUACGUUCAAAUUAGAGGAUGUCUCUUUAACAACCUGUCAGCUAGUCCCAAGCGACAUUCUGACAGAAUACAAACACACAAACAUCGUAAAGUCACUUCCUCAACAUGUUCGAAGAAUUUUUAAAAAAAUUCCAAAUGUGGCUUUAAAUCUGUGAAAUAAAUUAAACUGAUUUGAUUCGUUUGAAAAAAAAACCCUUGGUGAAAUCAUCGUAAAAUGUGUGCACUAACGAGCGAGGAUAUAUAUGUAUAUAAAACAGCCGGUGCGGAUAUGGGAUUGGGUCUGAGGAUUUCGGUUCAUGAAGUCAUCCACUUAGCUAACAAGGCCAGUGCAAAGAAUUAUACAGAGUUCAUCGAACAGGAGCCAGUUAUUGCUCUGCCUGUCUUUGAGUGCACCUUCUCACAAUGUGAACAUCAGUGAAUCGCUAACGUGGAUGUUAAAGCAGAGCCGGGGCGAGAAGGAGGAGGUGGUAGAGAGAGGGGGGGGAGGGCUACCUCUUUAAGGUGGUGGCUGAGUGAGGCAGAGCUGGUUGCCUGGCUCCUGAUUGACAGAGAAGACGUUGACUUGCUGCUUCCUUUGGCAGGUUCUCGGCUCCCGUCUCUCUCUCUCUCUCUCUAUUCCUGCUCGGUAACUUUAAAGAGGGGAAUGCAGACGCCAGCGGACUAAGAUGGCUCUCCCGCGGUGGAUUUACCCCUUGCUGCACACACUCCACCUCAUCCUCGCCUGCGAUGCCGCCAGGUCUUACCCGGCCAACGAGGUUACCCUCUUGGAUUCUAUGUCAGCUGCUGGAGACUUGGGCUGGGUGGCAUAUCCUCCAGAAGGGUGGGAAGAAAUCAGUGUUAUGGAUGAGAGGAACACUCCAAUGCGAACGUACCAAGUCUGUAAUGUCAUGGAAGCCUAUCAGAACAAUUGGCUGCGGACUAGUUGGAUUCCCCGGGAUGGAGCCCAUCGUAUUUAUAUUGAGAUCAAAUUUACGCUCAGAGACUGCAACAGUCUGCCAGGUGUCCCAGGAACAUGCAAGGAGACCUUUAACAUCUAUUAUUAUGAGUCUAACAACAACAACUUGUGGUAUAUUAAGGAGACUCAGUACAUAAAGAUUGACACGAUUGCUGCUGAUGAGAGUUUCACCCAGGUGGAUGUUGGAGAUAGGGUGAUGAAAUUAAACACUGAGGUACGAGAUAUUGGAUCCCUGACAAAGAAAGGCUUUUACCUUGCCUUUCAGGAUGUGGGGGCCUGCAUCGCUUUGGUAUCAGUGCGGGUCUACUACAAAAAGUGCCCAUUAACGAUUCGUAACCUGGCAGAGUUUCCUGACAAGGUGACUGAGGGAGACUCCUCCUUGGUGGAGGUCCGAGGCUCCUGUGUGAAUAAUUCUGAGGAGUACGAUGUACCUAAGAUGCACUGCAGUGCCGAUGGAGGAUGGUUGGUGCCUAUUGGACGAUGUGUCUGCAAACCAGGAUAUGAGGAAAAGAAAGAUACCUGCCAGCCAUGUCGACCUGGUUUCUACAAGGCCUCAUCCAUGGAUGCAUACUGCAUGAAGUGUCCGCCUCACAGCUAUUCAUAUCAAGAGAGCUCAUCCCAGUGUACCUGUGAGAAAAACUACUACAGAGCAGAAACUGACCCCAAGGCUAUGCCCUGUACAAGACCUCCAACAGCACCAGAAAAUCCCAUAUCCACAACAAAUGAGACCUCCAUCAUCUUGGAAUGGAGCCCACCAAGGGACAGUGGUGGCAGGAAUGACAUUACUUACAAUAUUCAUUGCAAGAAGUGUGUAGGAGACAGUAGAAGGUGCAGCAUCUGUGGCAGCGGUCUCCACUUCAUCCCCCGCCAAUUUGGAUUAACAUACACAAAAGUUCUUGUUACCAAUUUGCUGCCUCAUACUAAUUAUACCUUCAACAUUGAAGCUUUGAAUGGCGUUUCCGAGUUGAGUCCCAGGCCUAAGCAGUAUGUCUCCAUUAAUGUUACCACCAGCCAAGCAGUGAAUGUGAUCCUGAAGGAGAGGAGGAGUAAGGAUAGCAUCACUCUGGCCUGGCAGGGACCAGACCAUGCUAACGGUGUCAUUGUGGAGUAUGAAGUUAUCUACUAUGAAAAGAAUCAAAAGGACCAAAACUACACAGUUUUAAGAACCAAAUCAAACAGCAUGACAGUGGAUGGGCUGAAACCAGGCACAACGUACGUGUUUCGGGUUAAAGCCCACACCAGCGGAGGACACGGCACCUACGGCGGUGAAAUUGAGCUGGAGACCAGUCAAGAAGACAUGCUAGCUAUCGGCGAUCCAAACCAACCCACCAUCAUGGCAGUAUCCGUAGCUGGGGGGAUUGUGCUUCUGAUCUUUCUUGUUACCUGCUUUGUCGUUAGUGGAAGGCACUGUGGCUACAUCAAAGCCAAGCAGGACCCAGAUGAGGAAAAAAUGCAGUUCCAUCAUGGUCAAGUCAGGUUACCUGGGAGCAGAACUUACGUUCAUCCACACACCUAUGAAGACCCCAAUCAAGCUGUUCGGGACUUUGCAAAGGAAAUUGAUGCAUCCUGCAUUAGGAUUGAAAGAGUUAUAGGGGCCGGUGAAUUCGGCGAGGUUUGCAGUGGACGCCUAAAGUUACCAGGGAAGAGAGAGAUCUACGUGGCCAUCAAGAGCCUUAAAGCUGGCUAUUCGGAGAAACAACGCAGAGACUUCCUGAGUGAAGCAAGCAUCAUGGGACAGUUUGACAACCCCAACAUAAUCCGCUUGGAAGGGGUGGUUACAAAAUGCAAGCCUGUAAUGAUAAUAACGGAGUACAUGGAGAAUGGAUCUCUCGACUCAUUUCUGAGGAAACGUGAUGGACAAUUCACAGUCAUCCAGCUAGUUGGAAUGCUCAGAGGAAUUGCGUCAGGAAUGAAAUAUCUUUCAGACAUGAACUACAUACAUCGAGACCUUGCAGCAAGGAACAUUCUUGUGAAUGGCAAUUUUGUCUGCAAGGUCUCAGAUUUCGGGCUGUCAAGAGUUCUGGAGGAUGACCCAGAGGCUGCCUAUACAACUAGGGGGGGAAAGAUCCCCAUCCGAUGGACAGCCCCAGAGGCCAUUGCCUACCGUAAAUUCACUUCAGCCAGUGAUGUAUGGAGUUACGGAAUUGUUAUGUGGGAAGUUAUGUCAUACGGAGAGAGGCCUUAUUGGGAAAUGUCCAAUCAAGAUGUGAUUAAAGCAAUUGAUGAGGGAUAUCGCUUGCCAGCACCAAUGGAUUGUCCUGCUGUCCUUCAUCAGCUGAUGCUAGACUGCUGGCAGAAAGCACGUGGAGACAGACCCAAGUUCGGUCAGAUAGUGAACAUUCUCGACAAGCUGAUACGAAACCCCAGUUGCCUCAAAACUCUAGCCAAUGAUGCAGCUUGGUCAGGCAAUUCCUUACAAGAUCCAUGCACUCCAGACUCAUCAGCUAUUACUACAGUAGAUGAAUGGCUUGAUGGUAUCAAAAUGGGCCAGUACAAGGAGAACUUUGCUUCAGCUGGUUAUACUACACUGGAUACUGUUGUGUAUAUAAACAGCAGUGACCUCUGCAAAAUUGGAGUGACAAUAGUUGGACACCAAAAACGGAUCCUGUGGAGCAUUCAGAACCUUCACACUAUGGCCAACCAGAUGCAUGGAACACACAUCCAAGUGUAACAGACUCCUUGCAACUAGACAUUGUGAGUUGGACUCUUAAACGGGGGGAAAAAAAAGAGAACCUACCAAAUGCUUGGCUUCCUUCCUCUUGUUAACAGCUCCUUUAUCACUGGUGAAAACUAAACAGCUUAUCGUGAGAACACACGUGCAGCAUUCGUACAGCAUGCGACUGUCCUUGCAUUUGAACAAAAUAAUCAUUAUUGGCACAUUCCAUUCAAACUUUUUUUUUGUGAAAGGAAUAGAUAAGUGUAAAGAUAAUGAUGAAGGUUUACUGGAGCAAAUAUAGUUUCCAAAUCAGAGAUGUUCUUGCACUCUAUUAGAGUCUAUAUAAUAACCAGCAACAGUGAGCUAUCUCCUAUUUAUAGUUCUGUUUAUGUUUUAUCUGACCACUUCUGGAGGCUGCCAUCAUUACCAGUUUGAAAGCAGCCUAAGAUCACAAUAAAGAGACAACCCACACCUUUCCCAUUGAUGAAACAAUCUGCUGACACCCUCUGUCAAGAGGGAAACACACUUAGGUCACUGGGAUUACACUGGAAAUCCAUCCUUGACGUCAACUUGAAUUGAUAAUCCCCAAUUACCCAUUGACUCUCUAAUUGAACAUAGAAAUAUCUACCAAAACUCAAAAGAUUUUCAUUUAUCUAUAUUCACUUUUAAAUUAGGAAAACACGGUGAAGACAAAAGGCACUGACAAUGAAGUGUGGAAAGAAAUAGGUGGUGAACUACUAGUUAUUGAUUAGGCAAUUCAAGUGCAAACCUUGCAGCUUUAUUAUUGAGUAUUGGAUUCCCCCAAUUCCAAAUGAACCAAACAGCAUAUUAACUGACUGAACAAAGUGUAGGCUGCAGAUGAUUUCAAUUUCUGACAACAAAGGGAGAAAAAUGAGCCCAUGGAUUCAAACCAACAUUUCCAACUCUGUCAAAUUCCCAAAAUACAGUUUGGAUGCCAGUUUCACCAGGUUGUGCUCAUUUCCAUUUAUUUUAAAUGAAUAGACUGAGAAAAAAAUUGAUAAUGAGGGGAGCUGUCAAAAAAAAUGGAAAUGAGCCAGGAUCACAAUACAUAUCAGUGGGGAUUUGGACUCGACUUUCUGCUUUAAAUCUCAGAGAGGUGGAUUACAACUUUAGAGCCAAUAAAAAGAGAAAACUCUGAUUGGAUCAUUAAAAACAAGACUAAAUAUUUGCCCUCGGCAUAAAAAACACCCACCUACGAAUGCAUGUUAUUUUCUCAGCAGGUACAAGAUAGUGCUUUAUAAUAUGGGUGGAGUAGUUAACAUUAGAUAUAUAUUGCACACUUGAAACAAUAAUGCUCUACCAAUAGGUUUACAUUUAUUUUUAUGCUUUCCUCCAUUUACUUUUGGGUUGACUGAAUGUACAAGGGGAAAGGGCAGAUUAUUUGGUACUUUGCCAGCCUCCAGGCUGUGUUAAAUCUGAAUAGAUGUCUGUGGGAAUGCACACUGAAAAUAGGAAAGAUGCAAAAAUUGAAUUCACUCAGCCCUGCAGUCAUUUCAGGCAUGGUUUCCUCUGGAUUCUAAAGUUAUAAACAUUAUUCAUUUUUAAACACUUUUACAUCACCCCGUGCGAUAUCGCACAAAGAUGGAGUCAGGGCAUCAAAUAACCCUUUGACCAUGGUUUCAAGAAAGUUAAAUCUCUUCAUCACGAAGUUUGGGAGUGUGGAUGGCCUUUCUGUUUCAUGUUGUCCUCUCACAAACCAGCAGAGAAAUGCCAGAGUUCUAUUCCAUGCCUACUCUAUUAGCACCAGAACAUCUAUUAGAUUACAAAGCAGUCAGGACUCAAUAGAAAGACUGAAACUUCAGCUCGGAAUUGCAGGGACUGCUUCUGUUCUGCAAAAGACCUCUUAACCUGUUUGUGGCCAUCAUGAGACGUUAUGAAAUCUGCCUCAUACAUGGAAUAAGCUCAGUUCCUGUUUCUGUGUAUGAAUCACAGAAUAAAUGCUAGAACCUUCAAAAGACUCUUAUGAAUAGAGUCGAAACACAGCUCUAUCAAUGAACAAAACCAUCUAAAUCGAUAUCACCAGCCACAUUAACUCGUUUAAUUACAUUUAUAAGAAACACUAAAAUGCCAAGAGUACCAAUGGAACAUUGCAAACUUCAGGCUGUUGUAAACGAAAUAGAGAAUCAUACACAAGUAUGAAGUUUACAUUUUAAUAACACAUCUGUGUUUGCCUCAAUUUCUGAAUUGACAUUUUCGCAGAUCGUUAUUAUGCUGUGGUUUCAAAAUUAUAUGUCGGGAGAUGGUAGUUGUUUGCAUUUCCAAGUUAGAUGCACAUAAUAGGCGGAGGUAGUCUUCCUUUGUUAAAACAAAAUUCUGAAGUUCCCUGGCCUUAGUUGGUCCUGUAGCUUAUCAUUUCCAAGAUUACAGAAAUGAAAUGACAACAUCCAGAAGCAAAUUUCUUAUGACCACAUUCUGAUAGACUGGAACAAGAAACAGGUUUAAAGAAAAAAAACACAAUGACAAAUAUGUUCAAGGGAAUAGAAUACAACAAUAGCAUAUGUUAGCAUCGUCUGUAUAAUAAAGCUUAUGCCAUAUUUGUGUGCAGGUUUCCAGCAGCAAACAAUGAUAACUAAUUGCAUUUAACUCUACAUGUUAGACAUUUGAACAAAAAGUUGAAAAUUACUUUCAAUAUUCUUACAAGAAAGUGGUCAUUUUGUUUUACAUUAAAGCAGCAAUUAAACAUAUGGCAGUUUUGAUACCCACGAGGAAGCUGCUAUCUCUGGAAUCUUCACUGGAAUCUAAUUGGCGAGACAAUAAAGUGAUGAUAAUGUAUAAACGUGCAUAUAAGAAGGUCCACCAGCUGCUGAGAGCACUUAAACAUGAAACUUUCUGCAGGAUGGCCAAGGAAGAGAGCGCUGAAAUCCAGUGGAGUGUUUGGCAA